UUAUUUCUCUCGUCUGUAGAAUCCACCUUUUGGUCUCUCUCUCUCUAAUCUUUCUCAUCUCUCUUCUCUCUUUCUCUCUCGCUAGAAAACUGCGUAGUAGAGAUCAUCACAUGUCCUCCCAAUAGUUGCUCACUUUCUCUCGCGUCUUCAGAAGAGCUUAUCAGCAUUCUCAACCAAGUCAUUCUCUGAUUUCUCUUGCUUGAACGGCGGCUUCUUCUUUUUGCUAUUCGGAUCGAUUUGAAUCUAUUCGAGCUGGAACAUAGUUGCUUUGCGGCUACUCAGAUGGAAGUAAACGUGUUAGAGUUGUUUCGAUAUCGAUGAUCAUGGAGAUGAUUGAUUAGUGGAUUCCGUGAAUGUAUAUAUUUUCAUUUUCACAUUUGAGCUCAAGAGUAAAGUGGAUGGAGGGUUUAGGUUCUGAGGAACUUCGUUGAAAUUCGUGUAUGUCGAGAAACGGGAGGAUGGCGUCGGAUCUUAGCAGAGCCGGUCCAGUGGAGAGAGAUAUCGAGCAGGCUAUCAUUGCCCUGAAAAAGGGAGCUUACUUGCUUAAGUAUGGAAGAAGAGGGAAGCCUAAAUUCUGCCCAUUUCGCCUUUCUAAUGAUGAAACUGUUUUGAUAUGGAUCUCCGGAAAGGAGGAGAAACAUCUGAAGCUGAGCCAUGUGUCUAGGAUCAUAUCUGGACAACGCACUCCUAUUUUUCAGAGGUAUCCUCGUCCCGAGAAGGAAUAUCAGUCUUUUUCACUAAUAUAUAGCGAGAGGUCUUUGGAUGUGAUCUGCAAGGAUAAAGAUGAGGCGGAGGUGUGGUUCACUGGUCUUAAAGCCUUGAUUUCGCAUUGCCAUCAAAGAAACAGGAGGACUGAAUCAAGAAGUGAUGGGACACCAUCUGAAGCUAACAGCCCAAGGACACAUACCCGGAGAAGCUCUCCUCUACAUUCUCCAUUUAGUAGCAAUGACAGUUUGCAGAAGGAUGGUUCUAAUCACCAUCGCAUUCACAGUCCAUUUGAGAGCCCGCCUAAGCUUGACAAGGCAUUAUCGGACAUUGCACUAUAUGCAGUUCCUCCAAAAGGAUUUUAUCCCUCCGAUUCUGGAACUAUUUCCGUUCAUUCUGGAGGCUCAGAUAGCAUGCAUGGACAUAUGAGGGGUAUGGGAAUGGAUGCUUUUAGGGUUAGUAUGUCAAGUGCUGUUAGUUCCUCGAGUCAUGGUUCUGGUCAUGAUGAUGGAGAUGCACUAGGAGAUGUCUUCAUCUGGGGAGAAGGAAUAGGAGAAGGUGUUUUGGGUGGUGGAAACCGUAGAGUUGGAACUUCGUUUGACAUAAAAAUGGAUUCCUUAUUGCCAAAAGCUUUAGAAUCGACAAUAGUACUUGACGUCCAAAAUAUUGCUUGUGGUGGACAGCAUGCUGUGCUUGUUACAAAACAAGGAGAAAGUUUUUCUUGGGGAGAGGAAUCUGAAGGCAGGCUUGGCCACGGUGUUGAUUCCAACAUACAACAUCCAAAGCUCAUUGAUGCACUUAACACUACAAAUAUUGAGCUUGUAGCAUGUGGUGAAUUCCAUAGUUGUGCAGUUACUCUAUCAGGGGAUUUGUAUACCUGGGGUAAAGGGGAUUUUGGUGUUCUUGGACAUGGAAAUGAAGUCAGUCACUGGGUCCCUAAAAGGGUUAAUUUUCUGUUGGAAGGCAUUCAUGUAUCAUCCAUCGCUUGUGGACCUUACCACACAGCAGUCGUGACCUCUGCUGGGCAGUUGUUUACUUUUGGUGAUGGGACCUUUGGUGUUUUGGGCCACGGUGACAGGAAAAGUGUUCUUAUACCUCGGGAGGUUGACUCUCUGAAAGGUCUUCGCACUGUCCGCGCAGCUUGUGGUGUAUGGCACACAGCAGCAGUUGUGGAAGUCAUGGUUGGGAGCUCGAGCUCAAGUAAUUGCUCUUCUGGAAAGCUCUUUACAUGGGGUGAUGGUGAUAAGGGUCGUCUUGGUCAUGGUAAUAAAGAGCCAAAACUUGUGCCUACUUGUGUUGCUGCUCUUGUUGAACCCAAUUUUUGUCAAGUUGCGUGUGGGCACAGUUUAACGGUUGCACUUACAACAUCAGGCCAUGUCUAUACAAUGGGCAGUCCUGUCUAUGGUCAGCUUGGAAACUCACAUGCAGAUGGAAAAGUUCCAAACCGCGUAGAAGGCAAACUUCACAAGAGUUUUGUCGAAGAGAUUGCCUGCGGUGCUUAUCAUGUUGCAGUUUUAACUUCGAGGACAGAGGUUUACACUUGGGGAAAGGGAUCAAAUGGUAGACUUGGUCAUGGGGAUGUAGAUGAUAGAAAUUCCCCGACAUUGGUAGAGUCGCUUAAGGAUAAACAGGUGAAAAGUAUUGCCUGUGGCACUAACUUCACAGCAGCUGUCUGCAUUCACAGGUGGGCAUCAGGGAUGGACCAGUCCAUGUGUUCAGGUUGCCGUCAGCCCUUCAAUUUUAAGAGAAAGAGGCACAAUUGCUAUAAUUGCGGACUAGUGUUUUGCCACUCCUGCAGUAAUAAAAAGUCUCUGAAGGCUUGUAUGGCACCGAACCCAAACAAACCAUAUAGAGUGUGUGACAAGUGUUUUAACAAAUUGAAAAAGACCAUGGAAACUGAUCCAUCAUCUCAUUCUUCUCUGAGUAGAAGAGGUAGCAUUAACCAGGGAUCAGAUCCCCCCAUUGACAAAGACGACAAGUUGGAUUCUAGAUCCGAUGGACAGUUAGCUAGACUUUCAUUGAUGGACUCCAUGAGACAAGUGGACAGUCGAUAUAAGAGGAACAAGAAAUACGAAUUCAAUAGUAGCCGUGUCUCGCCUAUACCAAGUGGAAGCUCUCAACGGGGUGCGCUUAACAUAGCCAAGUCCUUCAAUCCAGUUUUUGGAGCAUCAAAAAAGUUCUUCUCAGCUUCUGUUCCUGGUUCUCGAAUUGUGUCACGGGCAACUUCCCCAAUAUCAAGACGUGCCAGUCCACCUCGUUCAACAACACCAACUCCUACUCUUUCGGGACUAACCACACCAAGAAUUGUUGUGGAUGAUACUAAGAGAACCAAUGAUAAUCUAAGCCAAGAGGUUGUUAAGCUAAGAUCUCAGGUCGAAAGUCUAACAAGGAAGGCUCAGCUUCAAGAAGUUGAGCUGGAAAGAACGGCCAAGCAGCUAAAAGAAGCGUUGGCAAUCGCUAGCGAAGAGACGACAAGAUGCAAAGCAGCAAAAGAAGUGAUCAAAUCACUAACCGCUCAACUGAAAGACAUGGCUGAAAGAUUACCCGUUGGAUCAGCUAAGAGUGUGAAGUCUCCUCCGUCUCUUAAUUCAUUUGGUUCAAGCCCUGGUCGCAUUGACCCUUUUAACAUCUUAAACCGACCAAAUAGUCAAGAAUCCGAGUCAAACGGCAUAAAUACCCCGAUGCUUUCUAAUGGAUCCGUUACACCUGUAUAUGGAAAUGGUGAAGCAACGAAUGAAGCACAGAACGAGAAGGAAUGGGUGGAACAAGAUGAACCUGGUGUCUAUAUCACUCUUACAGCCUUAGCCGGAGGUGCUAGAGACCUCAAACGUGUCCGUUUUAGCCGAAAAAAGUUUAGUGAGAAACAAGCGGAACAGUGGUGGGCAGAUAACAGAGGAAGAGUCUACGAACAAUACAACGUACGAAUGGUUGACAAAUCCAGUGAGGAAUUGCCUCAUUGAAACUCUUUAACACCGACCCACUUCUCUUAUUUUUCCACGCCCGAGUCAGGUGAGUGCAGAAUCUCGGGAUAUAACAACAGAUAAUAUAUAGAGAAAAUUAGAUGUUUUUAAGUGCUUCUUUCAUUGUAGUUUGGGGUUUUGUGUGGUGUUUGUUGUGAGAAAAGGUUGUAAAUUCUUUGUGGUGCCCAUACUGUAAAUGCUACAAGCAUAUAUUGUUUUUACUCUCUACAAACAAUACUUAGUAAUGAAGGGGUUUUGGA